CAAAUUAUUAAUAAUUUCCGAAAAUCAGAAAAAUUAAAAAAAAUUUAUUCCCAAAUCCAAAAAUUCUCCGCCCAUGGAGCCGAAUGAAAGCACUGGGCUGGGCUCUUUCUACCACCACCACCAAUCAGUCCACCAGUCCUCCGCCGCCGCUACCCCUACCACGGCGGUGCCACCCACCAAUGGAAUUGUGCCGAACUUUGGUGACAGCAACCCGGCCGCCGCAGCCGGAACCGCCGCUUCUCAUAUGGCGUACCCUAGUUCGCUGCAAUCGGCUGGGUCGUCUCCGACGGAGCCCGUGAAGAAGAAGCGCGGGAGGCCUAGGAAGUACGAUACUCCCGAGGAGGCGGCUGCUGCGAGGCGGGCGGCUGCCGCUUCUAACACUCUGCCCAAGAAGAGGGAUCAGGUGCAGUUGGGCGACGGCGGAGUACAAGGAGACGGCGGCAGUGGUGGCAGACCGAGAGGAAGCGGCGGUUCUUCGUACGCUUUGAAGAAUCACCCGUUUUCUGCUAUUGGUGAUGUGGGGAAAGGGUUCACGCCUUAUAUCAUAAAUGUGGUUGCAGGAGAAGACGUGAGCAACAAAAUAAUGACAUUCAUGCAACAAAGCAAGCGUGACAUAUGCAUCCUCUCAGCAUCUGGGGCAGUUUCGAGUGCAUCUCUGCUCCAACCUUCAACUUCUGGAGGCAACAUUACAUAUGAGGGGAGAUUUGACAUCCUUUCCCUAUCUGGAUCAUAUGUGCGCAAUGGGUGUGGAGGGAAAACUGGCGGACUUAGUGUAUGUCUUGGCAGCAGUGAUGGUCAAAUCAUUGGAGGCGGAGUUGGAGGCCCCUUGACGGCUGCAGGCCAGAUCCAGGUCAUCGUAGGCACAUUUGUUGUAGACCCAAAGAAGGAUACCACAACAGGGGGAAUGAUUCCCCAGGAGGCGCCGCCUGCAGCACAAGUGGGCGUGUCACCAUUUCCGCCUGGUGUCGGCUUCCAGCCAGGGGGAGUAAAUCCCUCUCAUCAAUUCAUGGCACAUCAGCAGCAGCCGCAACAACGGGGGGUGCAACCGAUGCCCCUACAAUCCUUCCAUUGGAGGGGGGACGCAGGGCCCAUGAUGCACCACUCCCCAGAUAACGAGGACUAUGAGUAAACCAUGGGGAGAGAGAGAGAGAGAGAGAGAGUAGAGAAUCAGUCAGCCAGUCAGUCUUGUAGGUUCUCUUUUGGAUUUUGAGAGGAACACAAAACUCAAAUUUCAGCAUCUGCCUGUGUCUAGUAGCUAUAAUAGUGUACAGGAGGAUUCCAGAAGGAAUCAACAUUCUUCAGUUUCUGCGAUUUUCUUUAGAAUUAUUAUUCGGAGAAAGCACAUAUCGAAGGCUUCACUGAUUCUUCAUGGAUGAACAUCUUUUGGUUUUUUUUGCUUCCAAGCUUUAAAUAGAGAUUGAUUGAAGCUUCUCUAGAAGAAAGAAGAAAGUACAGAAAUAUGA